AUGCCCCAUAAAUCCAGCAUGAUAUUCAUUGUCAGUACUUCGAAAGAUGGACCUGAUCCUAUCACGCGUAGGGUAAUUCGUAGCCAUGCUAUGCUUGGCAGAAAUACGCGUGCUGACAGACGGAGACGAGCAUGGGAGAGGGGUAAUAAUACCGCCACAUCGACGGAUCUUCCUAGUUCAGACAGCCCGAGUUCAUCAUCAAGGCUUGAUCUUGGAAGAUCGUCAGAAGUGGAUACAUCCUCUUUUGAAGAGACGUAUAUGGAUGAGCGACAUGGUUCGGCAUUAUCUAUCCAGGGCAAAAUUGCCCCAGAACUUUCACUCGCCCGUUACGACUUUGAGAUGAAGCCUUACAUGAUCAGACUUCUGCAGCAAGCAUUGACAACUUCCAAACCAUGCACUUACGCUGUUGACUUGAAGCUUGUCCAAGAGUCCGAAGCACAGCUAUUUACCUUGACUGACAUCAUCACCCAUAAAGCGGCAAUACAUUCUAUAUUGUACACUGCACAAGCCUUCGAAGAACUCUGUCUCCAGGUUCCCAUUAGCAACCUAACGCGAUUUCAUCUUGGAAUGACACUUUAUCAUCUGCAACAAACCCUCAAUGAAGUGCACAACGCUACAGCUAUGGCUGUAAUCGCUGUCAUUGUCAACCUUGCUUCAGCCGCAUCUUUCGUUGGAGAUGUAGAAGCCACAGUGAAACAUUUAGAAGGGCUGAGCCAGAUCUUCAAGAUGCGUGGAGGGAUAACGCGCGUUGAGGCUGCAACUAUGACCGAGCUCAAAGCACUACGAAUAGAUAUAUGCAUGUCUAUGGUAACCGGUCGAAGCCCCAGGCUUCUCAAUGAGCAGACCUUUCAAGGACUGCAAGCUGCCACCAGCUGUCUCUUCAAAGCCGACCCAAGAAAUAUAGAUAUGCUACCACCUAUCGACAGCAAGCUUGCUCUGCAACGAAAACAGCAGUUCCUACAGAUCUCUUCUUACUAG